GUGGAGGGAAGUCUCCUCCCCACCCUUUUUUUGGCCUAAGUCUGUGUUGAUUUCAGCCCGUGGGCACUUGAUAUGAACAGAUUAGCUGGGAGGGGCCAGAAUGCUGUGUACGGCUGCAGGGGGGUGGAGGUACACAGGAGAAAAGAUAUUUAAGAUGCUGAGAGACAGAGACUUCCAGAGUGCACAGACUCCUACAAGAAAGUGCUGCAGAAGUCCCCUUUAGACUCCACCUUCGCUGAGCAAGAGGGGGAGAGAAACAGUUAGGGCACCAGCGUGCUGUAGCACUUUCAGAAGAGUUUCACACGUGCCCCUGCUGUGCUCACAGCAUCUGCAGUGGACUCAGUCAGAGAACUCAGGAGUUCUCACUGCUGAGAGUGAAAAUGCCAGUGAAAGUCUCUAUGCAAUUGGCAUGGCUCUGUGUUAUCACCUUGUCCUUGGCCAUCUACCCAGCGUGGCUGCAGAAGCCUCCCAAGAGGAGAAUGACCAGCGGGAACACCCAGCUCAAACUGAUGGGCUGCUGCGAUGAGAUGAAAGACCUCAAGCUGCAGAUAGCCAACCUGAGCACCAUGCUGGGGACGCUGAGCAAGAAGCAGGAAGACGACUGGAUGAAUGUGGUUACGCAGAUGAUGGAGCUGGAAGGGAGCACCAAGCAGAUGGAGUCCCGGCUCAUCGAUGCUGAGAGCAAGUACUCUGAAAUUAACAGCCAGAUAGACAUCAUGCAGCUGCAGGCAGCCCAGACGGUCACACAAACCUCAGCUGUAGAUGCUGUCUAUGACUGCUCAUCUCUUUACCAGAAGAAUUACAAAAUCUCCGGUGUUUACAAGCUGCCUCCAGAUGAAUUCUUGGGGAGCCCUGACCUAGAGGUGUAUUGUGACAUGGAGACAGAUGGUGGUGGCUGGACCAUCAUCCAGAGGCGCAAAGUUGGCCUGAUCUCUUUCAAAAGAGAUUGGAAACAAUACAAGGAAGGAUUUGGCAAUAUCCGGGGAGAUUUCUGGCUAGGGAAUGAAAAUAUCUAUCGGCUCUCCAGACGCCCGACCCUGCUGCGAGUAGAGCUGGAGGACUGGGAAGGCAACAUCCGCUAUGCACAAUAUAACCAGUUCACCCUGAGCAACGAGUUUAAUAGCUACCGCCUUUUCCUGGGGAACUACACCGGCAACACAGGGCAUGACUCCCUGAGGUACCACAACAACACAGCCUUCAGCACCAAGGACAAGGACAACGACAAGUGCGUGGAUGACUGUGCCGCGUUACGUAAAGGUGGAUACUGGUACAGCUGCUGCACAGAUUCCAACCUGAAUGGGGUUUACUACCGCAAAGGGGAACACACCAAAAACAUGGAUGGAAUCACCUGGUACGGCUGGCAUGGCUCAACCUACUCUCUGAAAAGAGUCGAGAUGAAGAUCCGCCCAGAGGAUUUCAAACUCUAGGGGGAAGCAACACUCAAUUGUAAAGCUACGGUGACACUGCUGCACUGAGGGGAAACAGCCUGGAAUCUCAUAAUCAGCCACUGAAAUGGUUUAACUUCAUCUAGAAAGUGUGCGAACACAAGGGCUACAUACACUGACUAUGCAUCACACAUUAGUUCUGAGGCAGACUCGGGAGAGAGGAAAGGUACCAACAUUACUAUGGCUCAGCCCAGUUCUCUUCUCUUAAGGCACUCUCCCCCCAACAGGAUACAUACUAUGUUAGAACAGACACAUCCUGCAGGAGCAGCAUCUUCAGGAAGGAUAUGUUGUGGUUACACUAGCACUGGGAUUUACAGGGUUGCCUUAUUGUUUGACCAGUUAGAGUUAAGGAAAAAUGCAGCCUUUACCCUCCUUUUUGCCAUCUCCGUAGUGUUUAGAUUCAUUGAGGGUGAACACAAAUCUUGCCAAGGAAGAGAGUUUCUACCAAGACCCAAGAAACAGAGGAACAGGGCUUUUAUUUCAAAUUCUUCAAACAUCUUAGAAAUAUCCACAAUGAGAUGUUCCUCCAGUGCAUGUUAAUUGGCCCAUUCUCCCCAUGUAGGAAAAGCUAGGUUGAAACUUUAGGUAACUGCAUGUUGCACCUGCUCUUUCCUGAAGUCUCAUCUCCACCUUCCAGCCACUAGUCACAGGAAAACACCCAUGCAAGACUAUAUUCCCAGGGACGUUGCUUUCUGAGAGAGACCUCAAGUCCCAUCUGCUCUAAGCUAUGUGGAGGUGGGAGAUCUAUACUAGAAAGCACAUGAGGGACUGGGAUGCAACUCUCUGAGCUACAAUGAACUGAUUUGCAACGUUACUAGUGUUCCUCUUGGAACACAGAAGGGCCAUUUUGUGCCACCUCAUCAUACUAUCAGCAAGAUCAGGAGCGAACAGGGAACAAACACCCAGAAGCCUUUUACCAUUGACACUGUAUUCCAAAAACACAAGGGGUGGGGUGCGGGGCUUUUAAUGUUUAAUUGGAAAAAGGCAGGUUAAUGGAAGUGCUAGUAAACAAGGGAUCAAAUAAUAUAGAGAUGAUAUGUGGCUCUUAUACAGCAAAGGAUCCUGGAUAAUAUUACGCACUAAGAGAAGCAAUCUUGAGUGGUUUUGUUGUCACUGGAACCCAAGUUGUAUUUAAAGCUUUAUUCCAUCGAAUCUCUAUUUUAUGAGGCUUGAUCCUGAACUUCCACCUGCUUUUAACUUUCUGUUUUUACUUAAAAGAGAAUCCAGAUGUGGGAAAUAUUUAACACUCUGCUUUAUGGUUUACAAGCACAGGCUUAUUCACCUUGUAUCAGACCUCUGGUCCACGAAGAAAACUCUAUUGCCACCAGCUGUGACCAGUAUUCGAUGCUUUAGAGAAAGGCAAAAUACAGGCACCUAGUAAAUUUCGCCGUGCUGCCCACAUGUCAGGGGUGGGGUGGGAGAAAAGGAGCAUGCUAUUCCUUUCAUUACAGUAUUGAAAGUUCAAAGCAAUGCAUCUGGGAGCAGAGCUUUAACGGAAGCCAGAGAAUCCUCCAGUGCCAAGAGAAAUUAGAAACGUACAAAAAUCCUCCCUUGCUGGUGGGAUGCCAUACCCGGGAAUUUCCAGGUUUGUUUUGGAGGGUUAUUUUUUGUAAGCUCUGCCUAAAAGUUCCACACUGAAAACCAGCACAUUCCAUUUCCUUACCUAAGAGAGUCUUGAAAAAGAUUGUUAAAAAGGGCAGCCACACUGUUGCUUGAAUAUGUAGAAAAAGACAGUUAUAGUUAAUAUAUCUAUUUUUAUUCACUUUACAAAAACAAAGCUUGAGCCUAAUUUAAAAUUUUCUGUCUUAUGCGGAACGGGAGAUAAAGGUUUCCUGGGAAAUGCCUUAUAUAUGUUGACUAUUCAUACUGUACAUUGGAACAGUGUUGUAUACAAAUAUGCAGUCUGUGCAAUGGAUUUUUUUUUUUUAAUACCAAACUUUUCCAUUUCUGUAAUAAAUUCUCUCAUUUUUAAGCCUGUUUUCUUCAAGUCUUGUUCCUUACCCUGCUGUUUGAUACAAACACUCACACAGACAGAGGGAUUAAGGUCAGGAAAGGGGAAUACAGCAAGUUCUGAAGCAUCCCAGGGGAUGCAACAGAGGCGAAGGGAUGAAAGCAUAUUGCAGAGAAGGCAAAACAGCACAGCAUGCUGCACAGAAGAAAAUAUCUGUAAAGUAAACAAAAGGUGAAAGCAUAAAUCUAAAAGCAAGCAUCUUCAGAGAGCUUAAAAAUCCAUCGUAUAAAGACCAAAGCAACUUGUUCGAGAGGCUGUGCCCUUCCUCACACCACAGAGAACUUCGUACAAUGAUUCAAGAGGGAGAGAGGCUGCAUAUACCAAUUCAAAGGGAAACAUUUCUCCUAGUCCAAGCCAAUGUGGAAUUCUAACAUACAGGACUCAAAGCUACAGAUUCCUUGCUAUUCUUUAUCAUUCUGAUUACAGUAGCAUUCACAAUGUGCUAUAUAUUGCUCGCCAAAAUAGGAAAACUCUUUUUAAUCAGUGAAUGCAAGCUCCCUCCCUGCCUGCCUGGCUCACUGAAAUCCAUAACUAAUUUAUUCACUUGCUUCCUAUUCUUUGUGCUGAGGCUGAGUCCUACAACUGGAGUCUUGGUGUUAGAGACUCCGGCACUCGUGUAGAGCAGCAUCUGCCUUUGCAACCGUGUUCAGGUCAUUGUCUGAAACAAGGAGCUGAGCACUUCUAUUCCCUGGGAAGAAUCAGAGACAAGGACACACACAUGAGCAAGUUUCUUACUGAACUCUGUUAAAUCUGCCUUCAAGAAAUCACUGGGGUCGGGAGAUGAGGGAAAUAGAUUGUUGAAGGCCUUUAGGUGGGACAGAAGAGUAUCAGGCUGCAAUAUGCUAUUAAACAAUUAUUCAUUUAAAGGAACUUAUUGUUAUGUAUCCCUGGGGAAAGAUCCUUUCACAGGAACAUCCACAUCUCAAAUUGAAAUGACUGUUUGGCUGGUUGGGAGCAGUACACUUGACAAGUUUAGUAAUUUGAAUCUCUCAACUGCUGAAUCAAGCUCAUACACAAGCUAGGAAGGAAAAAUAAGGCAGCAAAUAGACAGCAGGACAUGCUGCUAAGUUGUGACUCAAAUCCUGGCCAUUCUCUGGGAAGUAACUUAUAGCAGCACACAAGGCCAGGUGUACACAGCAGGUAGGGAGGCUGAAAGGCUCGUUUCCCACUACUUCGCUAUUGGGAACAGAAGGCUGGUGCAAAUCGUUUUGCAUUAUGCCUAUUCUACUUUGCCUUCCAUUUUGAGGCAAGGCACAAAACCUUCAGUUUGCAACCUGAGCCCCGAGAGUUGCUGAAUCACGCUGCACACCCUAAUCUGCCACAACAGCAUUUUCCACCUAAAGGACAAGAGCCAUGAUGCUCACCCCAAAGCUGCACCUCCAAGCCUGGUCCAACUCUGGUUAUUUCUUCACCAAAAGAGCCUUGACUUCUGAAAUGUUCAGGAAGUCUUCACCCUCCCACUCCCAAAGCAGCACUCAAGGCACUGGACAGAUAGUUCAAAUACAAUGAACACCCAGAACAGACAUAUUAGAAGGCCAAGCAAAGUCACAUUAACAACAAACAAGGAGGGGGUCGGAAUGCAGGAGCAGACACCGAUCACGCUAACAUCUCUAAGAGUGGAGAGGGAUAAACUGAGUGGACAUGCAAGGGGAAAUCUUUGCUGCUUCAGGAACGGUUUUGAAAGGCACAAAGAAACUGGGGUUUUUGUGUGACCUCCUCUUGGAUGUGCCAUGACCACCACCGCAGAGCAAGAUGGCCACAACACCUGCAAACCUGGUGCAGCAAGGGCACUGACUAAUUUGCCUUUGAAAGAAUUUGCACCAGCUUUCCACCUGUCCCUCUUUUCCCUUACAGCUCUAUCAGAGACAACUCCAUAGUAUUCACUACUAUAGUAUUGCUAUUUCUUCCCUACUCAUCACAAAGGGCCUGCCAUUGGCACCUCACUAAAUUUUGCUCAAGAGCCAUAAAUCCCUAGGCGUUUUAUAACCACCUAUAGUUAUAGUGCCUUUGAGCCUGAAUGUUCCCAAAGUACUUCACUAGCUAUAUUCAAACAGCACUGCAGAAACACAGCCAUCUGUGGAAGGUGGCACCAACCAGUGAACAGCACACAGUACAGCAAUUUUCUGGGAGGUGAGAACAGAGUUUGGCCUCCAAAUUAUACCACUUACAAAUAGUGCCAUGGGACUUUUAAUACUCCUGCAGUGCAGACAAGAGGUCUGUUUGCAAGAUUUUGUCUAAGGGACUCUCCAUCUGCCCUACCCAAUUAACUUAUCCCCCUCAUAAGGCAGAUGGACCAAGUUAACCCAUCUAGGAUCUGAAGCUGUGAUUUCAGGGAGUUUGUUUCAAGCAAGGUGUGUCAAUCUUUGGUUACAGAGCCAGGACACAUGCUACAGCAGGCUUGGUGGUACACAAGGGGGAGAAGUGGUGCUUAUUUGGAGAAUUCCACACAUCUCCCCUCUGUAUUUAUCUAGGGCCCUGAAACUUCAGUUUCAAACUUUUUAAAAAAAAAGCCAUGGUUAACCAUGUCAGGAAUUUCAGACAGCUUGGAGGGUGUGACCUGAGAGUGAAUAACACUUCAUUUGACCUCUCUCUGUACCCAGUCCUCCGGAGUCAGCCUUUAGAGUCCUAAUGGAGAAAGACCUGUCCGUGCUCUGAGAAUGCAAAUCACAGACAGUCAGGGCUGCACACUGCCCACUGCAGAGCCUUCCUGCUACAGCAAUAAAAGCUGCAGCCUCUCUGGUUUUGUCACUAGCAUUUUAGAUGUUUCAUUUCUGAUAGUUUUCAAGCUGAUAAUUUGUCACCAGCUGGCAAUGACUGAACUAUAGCUAGUACAAAACUGGACCCAGAAUGGCGAGGGACAAAAGGCUUCACCCCACCCCAAUUCCAGCACAUAAAGCAAGCCAGGUAGUUAUAAAUUAGACAACCGAUCCUAGGCAUAAUGGCAAAAUCUACUAAAAAAUACGUCAAUCAUGAGACACUAACAGGACCUUGGGGAACAAAAGCAUUUGACAAUAUUACCUAGAAGUUAUUGCUGUCUGGGCUGAUAUGAAAUGAGAAAAAAAUCAGGGAGGUGCUUUCUAGAGCUGUGCAUUUUCAAGACAACAGUUCAAAGGCAGCCUGGCCCUGCUAAGCUAACAUACUUUAGCCAGAGCUCUCAUGAAAUUUUACGAGCCUAGACACAAAAUCUUUUCUGCCACCCUUGUGAUGUGACAUUUUAUUUGCCCAUCCAAAAAACAGAAGUUAUUUGUGCUGAACAAGCAGAAUUUUGAAACGCUGAGCCAAGUCCAGGCAGUGAAUAGAAAUGCAGCCCUGCUCAGCUGAGCACACCCUGGGUCUGCAGCCUGAAACUGCCCUUUGCAGCCAAAGGGUCAAAAGCCUCUAAUAUUUUUGCUCAAAUAUAAAUAUAAUCUAAUUCACCAGUUCAAAUCCAGCUCAAGUCAGCUAUAAACAAAAGCACCCGGUUUCCAGUCUUCUGCUCACCAUGAGAGUAUGCACCUCUUUAAUAGGCCAUCUGUGUUGGCCUAGCAUUCAGUUAGCUUUACUGCAGCAUUUCCUAAAUGUAGGAUACAAAAUACCACAGGAAGGUCAAGUCAUACAGCAAAGUACAGGUGACUGCUAAAUGCUCUUUUCAUUGGCUGCCUCUAGAACAGCAGAACGAAUGCCAUAAACAAUGGCUUUUUAAAGUAAUGCAGCAGCGGCAGAUUCCUCCCCCCCCCACUAACGAAUGCAUGCUCUGAAAAAUUCCUCA